ACGUUAGAGCAGGCGGCUAUCACUGCAGUGCAGUAGCCAACCAGCAACUAGCUAGCCAACUUGACUACUCACAGAGAAAAAUGGAUGAAAUGAUGAUACAUGUCAACGGGUAGGUUAAUUAUUGAUACACAGGCCGUAAGAUUUCAAUGUCCGCUGUUAGAUAGGAGUUUUAAUUUUGUGUUUGUGUUUGUGUUCAAGAGUCUCGUCCGCGUUGUCCUGUGCCUCCGCUUUGCUUACAAACCUGUAAUAAACCAACUUAGCACAACUUAGCCUGAUAGCUAACCUCUCCAUUCACCAGCCUGUGUUAUCUAGUAGCUGGAUAACUUAGCAUUAGUGAGCCGAGUUAACAGACAACUUAAACAUCCGUGCUGUUGUCUGUCACCGAGGCUAAAGCAGCUAAUGUGGCUUUUUUGUCAUUGUCUGAACGGCUGCAUCCUCACAGCUUUCAUACUGUAUGUGUUUUUAACAUUAUCUACUGUGUGUAUAACCAAGAGAAUUAGAUAUUACAUCUAAAACCUGCAAAUCAAAACGAAGCUUCAACACCCAGGAGACACAGGUUAUUAUCAUGAGAAAAAAAAAAAAAAAAAAGAGAACAACGCAGACAAGGAAGUGGAUGUCAAUGCGAGAUAUUUACACACCAGAUCAGCUCUUAAUGUGUUUAUAUUUGGCUCUGUUUUUCUUUGGCUGUCUCCUGGUUGUUCAGAUCAGAUGUAGGUCACAGUCUAGGAUGGAUGGAGUUUCUAUUCUGCCCCAAUAACUGUGUGAUAACCUGACUCUUGUAGGACAAAAAGUGUUUUUUUAUUGAGUACAGAAAUGAAAAUGAGCUGCAGGAAUAUAGGUGUUAAAACUCACAUGUUAGGGUUAAAAUAGAAGAUUCACCUUUUUUACUGUCACUCCUCAUUUCAUAAAAAAUUCAUAAAUUCUGCCACACCAGUCUCCUGUAAGAGAGCUCACAGGUUUAAAGGAAUAUUCUGGCCUAAAAUUAAUUUAGGGUCAAACACACCGUAACACCGAGUUAGACACCCCGUCUAGACUUUCUUGUGAGCCGGACUACAGCGGGGUGACGCAGCUCAAGGAAGAACAUUUAUGAUCAUUACUUUAUCAUUUCCUUAAAGUAAUAAUCACCAUAUUAAUCAUUUUGCACUGCAGACGCAGAAGUUCUUCUGCCUUAGUGUCUCGGUCUGAUUGCAUUUCCAUGAAGAAAUGAUCAUAAAUGUUCUUCCUUGAGCUGCGUCACCCCGCUGUAGUCUGUAAUGGACUGGCCUCUGGUCUCGCUACAAACAAGCGGCUGCUAGAAGAGAUUUGGUGAUUUGUGUUCAGUGUCUUUGCUAAAGAAAUUAGGCAAAGUUAAAAAGAUGUUUGGUGGCUAGAACUAUGGCUGGGACCCUAUAUGUACUGUUGAUGAAGUUAGGUGCUGUUCUGAGCAUUAUUUGUGGCUAUAGAGUGGUGUUUUGGUUGAGGUUUGUAUAUGACUCCUGUGUACUGCUAUCCUGCGGUCGUUACUAAAGUUGGUAUAACUAGAGAAGCAAGCGGUCUGCAACAUCUCUCAAAGGGGUGUCUAACUUGGUGUUAUGGUGUGUUUGACCCUAAAUUAAUUUUACACCAGAAUAUCCCUUUAAGACAUAUUUUUGUCAUUGCCUUACACAGUUUUCCAAGUAAGCACAAACAACCUAAACUCCUAAAAAGUUUGGCAGCUGUGUAAAAUGUUAAUUAAGGAAGAAUUCAAUAAGUAGAAAUCAUUCAGUCUGCAUAUAAUUUGAUUUAUAAAACAUCAUGUCAGAUGUUAAAACUGAAAAAUAUUUUGUUGUAUAAAAAUUAUACGUUCACUCACUACAAAUUUGAUGCCAGCGCUUUUCGAAAAGUGUAAUCAGAGGCGAGUUUGUCAUUGUGUUUUGAAAUUGUUACUUUUUCUUUUAGCAGCGCUCUUGAAACUGAGAGGAGCAGUUCCGGGCGUUAUGAAAGUGAAAUAUUUUCCUGUUAUUGUCUGGUAUAACUUCAGCAGUCCAACAGUUCAGGGUCGUCUUUGUCACAGAGACAGGGACAGACUCUUCUCCUACAGAGCCAUGCUACUGUAAUCCCUGUUGUCAGAAUGUGGUUUGUUAUUGUCUUGCUGAAAUAUGAAGGUCUUCUCCUGAAAAAGUCAUUGUCUGGAUCGCAAAAGAUUUUGCUCCUAAACCUAGAGAUAUUGUUUAAAACUGAGAACACAGAAUCUAUUAUUUCCAAUUCUUCAUUGAAAGGACAACUGGACUUACUUGCAAGUCCGGUAAGUCCUUUCUAAGUCUAUGUCUGGAUGUUCACAGAUGUGGAAGAUAGCCAUGACAUCAGGGAUGCUGGUUUUUGAAGUGUGUGCUGUUAACAAGCUGACCCAGAGAAGGUUCUGGAUCAUGUUUGUAUGUAGUUCCCUCGGUGUGUGUUGCAGAACCUGCUUUUGUGGAUGCAGAAGAGAAUCAUGAUCACAGACAGUGAUAUUAAGCCUAUAUAGUGGGUUUCACAUAUGUUGUCUAUUACAAGAUUUAAAGCAUUUGCAAACCACCAAAGUCUGCAGUCAAUAUCGGCAGUCCGCAGAUAGGAAAAUUCUCUCUAUGUACAGCCGAUAAGAUGACUCAAUUAUGUAUGCCAACAUUGAACCUCAACAUGUCAACAGACAGCAGAUGCAUCACAGAGUGUCUAUAUUUGAAAAAGAAACAUGUCAAAUACGGUCAAGUUUGUCUUGUUUUACGUCUGUUUCAAAACAAACACACUAUGAUAGACUGUAAGCAGGUAGAUUCUCCUACAGGGGAGACGAUGUUAAAAUGAGGAAAAGUUUGAAAGAGUUUGAAAAUAUCUGUUUAUUCAGUCGUGUGUAUCCUUAAUUGUUGUGGCAGCUGCUUAACAGGUUUGUCUGUACAAACAUCAUAUUUCCCUCAUCACUUAUCGGAGUGUCUCUUGUUCCCCCUCUCUUUGUGUCCAGCUGUCAGACUGAUCCCCCCUGCAUGGGCCCAUAAACAUGUCCACAGAUGACAGUAUCUCUGAGGAUGUGUCCAGCUCGGGGGCUUUGAGCCACUGCCAUGCCAGUGCAGACGGGGAUGGGGGAAAGGAGAGCGAGACCUCUCUGGUGUCCUCUGAGGGGACAUCGGCCUCUGGGCUGGCUGUCUCAGAGGGCAGGCACACAACCUCCCAAACAACAGGAGGCACUGUGGAGAGCAGGCCCGUGGACAUCACACCAGCAUGCAACAAGAUCAGGUGAAGUAACUGUAAAACACUUUAAUGUGGCUCUUCUCCAACACAGAGGUCAUUCAAAGUUGCAAAAGCAAAGAGAUUAGAAUAUUCCACUUAAGAUGUUAUAAAAGAUUAGUAAACUGAAUAAAAUGAUUAAAAUUUACUUCGAUUUUUCGUGAAUUUCAUACAAAUUCGAAAAAAUAUGUAUGCUUCCUUUUAUGUUUUUUCAUAUUUUACAACUCUAAAUAUGUGAUUAAUUGUAGUAUGGUUUUAUUAUAGGAGUCUAUGUCUGAGCACGGAUGAAGCGUUCCAACAAGGGAAGAGCCUCCCAUUCAUCAACCCCAGCUCCCUGGAGACCCUGAGAGCUUUGGUGCAGGAGAUCCAGAGUAGCGGAGAGACAGACCCCGAGAUCUGGAAGGACUGUGAGGUGGGAGGAAAAAAAAAACGCUCUACAUUUUCCUCAGAAAUGCAAAAGUGCUUGUAGUGUGUGUAAAUACACGCUGAUUCUGUAGAAAUAAAAGUUGGGGUGAGCUUCUGCUGCUGUUGUGGCUGCAGCAGCCUCGUUUUGUGCUGUCAGACUCACACCUGACAGUGAGACACACACACACACACACACACACACACACACAUAGCACAGUGCAGCUGAUCUCUUCAGACACAGGAUUUGAUUUGCAGGGAACAGACAGCUGUGAUGUGCUGCAACACAAAGACAGCUCAGUGUAUAGAUCAUCAGACUGCAGACUGCUGAGUCUGCACACCUGAUCUUUAAGAUGCCCUUCAGAAUUAAAGCAGUCCAGACCAAUUCCUCUUAGAUCUCUAUAUGACACAGAGAUGAGUGGAUGCACCCUAAUCAAGGCCCUGCACAGCUGCUGCACUCAGCUCAGCUCGGCAUGUAUGCAAAUCUAGUUAAAGGGCACAAGUUUAAGGUUAUAUUUCCUCCACAGUAAGCUCAUGAGCUAAAUCAGGAGAACAUAGUUAAUGCGCAUGGUUCUAUUUGCAAACUCAGACAUGUUCACGCACGCUGGGCUGCACCAAGACUGCCAUGUGGGCUCUCAUGGGGUUACCAGUGAAUGAUGAAGUAAACAUUAUGUGGACUCUUGUGGCCCUUGGGAUGCAGAAAGUGCAAAUUGGCCUCAACUGUUUUUUUUUAAUGAACAUAAAACACUGAGAGACAAAAGAUUCAGAAAGUGUAAUUUAACAUAACUAAGGCUUAAAAAUAUUCUACUUUUAGGUUUCACACAAAAUAAUCCCUUAGAAUUUGAGGCCGGUAUCACCUGCAGGAUAUUUUACUCCCUGUAUAAUCUGAUCUCUCUGCAUAUUCUGGUGUGUGUUGUGCAUGUAGAAGUACUAGUUCCUCCAUUUGGUAGUUUAGGAUCAGAUAAAAGGCAAAUUAGGAGCAUGAGUGUGCAGAGAGAGGCUCAUGCUUUACUCUGAGUGAUGACUGUGCGUGCUGGUAACUCUGUUUUUGCAUUUUUCUGCAAAAGGGUCGAUGGUUGCAUCUGUUUCAGCUGGUUGAGAAGCAAUACCAGGAGCAGAUACUGGCUCAGCAAGAACAAUACCAGUGCCAAAUUCAGGUGAGUCAUGUCUUAACAAAUGAACGAGCUUAAAAUACAUGUAUACCGGCUCCAACCAUCAUGUGUUCUCUUCAGCUGAUUCAGGAUGAGAUCAAGGCUCUGGUUCAACUCCAGAACCGGCAGGCCUGCAUCCAGCCACACACAGAAUUCUCUCCGACUUCAGUGACCAAAACGACGGCCAACACAAAGGACUAUAUUUUCCCACUCCUCUCCACCGAGUGCAAAAACUCCAAACACGUGGCCAGUGACAACGACAGCCUGGCAGCCCCCGCACUCACACCCUUUAGCUCCCCGUCACCUCCUCUCCAGAGAUCAGAGACGGCCAACCAGGGCGAGGAGCGGGCGACCACGGUGCUCAGCAGCGGGUACGGGACUCUGACUGCCUGGGAAUCAGCUCUGGAAGCUGCUGGGUCUCCAGGGAACGAUGAGGAUGGUACCCAAGUAAGGGAGAAGCAUCAGUGGUCCCCAAACUUCCAGGAAGACACAGAGACGGUUUUGGUUGGCUGUCUGAAGGAUUUUCCAGAUGAGAAGCUUCUCAGAGUGGAGGAAGCGAACACAUCAUUGUACCAGCAGAGAGCCUCUGGGUAUGUCUGAGCUCUUUAUAAGAAACCUUAUCAGCAGAUCCUGAUAAUAGGCCUUCAAAAGACUCAUUAACCAAGGCCUGCUGAAACAACUCUCCUACUCACCAUGUGCAGUUCUGUCGGCUGCAACAAGGUUUUGCAAAAUAUCAGACCAAAGCUGACAGGAAAUUGACCCAGUGAGCUCUUUUCUAAUUUCAUCAAUCAAUUUAUCAGCUGCAGCUGCUUUUCCAGACUUAGUUCAAUGAUUUCUUUCACCCGCUGUAGCCGAUGGUUUUUCUGCUUCUGUGAAUCUGAUAGAAACUGUUCGUAUUUUCAGCGGUUUUAGAAGAGAUGCAUACAGAUGAUCAGCCAAUUAUGUACAUGAGCACUCUGCAUGGCUCCUGUUUAAGAAGCAGAGUGGAGGAGUGAGGAUAUGAAAGCUAAACAGUUCACUACUGUUGCUAAGCUGUUAGAUGUCAAUUUGACUCACUGAAAAAAAUCCCAACUUAAGGUCCUUAACCACCGGGAACAACGCGAAUAUACGACGCAAAAUUACCAAAUAUUUGGAGGAGAAUUUUGACGCGCCUCACUAUACACAUUAAAUUGCGAUGCGAUUUUGCGACUUCCCGGGGGGAAAAAAGACGCAUCCCGGGUGGAAGCGAGCAGACUGAGUGUUUUUCUGUUCUGAUUAGACACUAGUGUUGAGAUGACUGUCUGUCAUGAUAGCAUGUACUGAGUCAGGGCCAGUACCAGAUAAGCACAUUAAAUUAUAAUCCAUAAACGUAAGGUAACAACCGAGACCUAAUGGUGCUGUGACAGCAACGCUGUGAUUGAGUUUGACAGUGAAAAUACAUAUGGUAUCUGAUGCUAUGACUCUCCACAAGUUGUCCUUCAGGUUGUUAUCUUUGUAAUAUUUGUGUUUUUUAUCACAAAGCUCUCUGUUCUCCAACACAGAAACGAUCAGCCGGUCGGCCAUGUUCGAUAUAACGGUGAAUCUGAUGUCGCAAUAAUCUGAUUGGUCAGAAGUGAACACACAGUACGCGAAACUUUAGAAAAAUCAACCGUGAUGCGAAAAAAAAAAGCCGCAAUAUCACACAAUGGGAAAACGUCGCUAAUGUGAACGCUUGCAUUGACUGGAUACGGGUUCGAAAAAAAAUAUUGACGUCCGAAAUAAUCGCACAAAAAAACGCUCCCGGUGUGUAAGGACCUUUAGAAAUGAAAACAUAUUUUAUAAAGUGUCUGUGUGUAAAGCUCUUGUGAGGAACUUUUCAUUUGUGUUGACAUUGGCACCCCCUCUGGACGAAAACAGCUUUCAGUAGUUUUCUCCUGUACAGUCUCAUCUCAUCUUUCAGACAUUUGAAGUAACUUGUUUACGAUCUUAAUUUCUUCUUUAAUACAUAAAGAGUCAUCACUUUUAGUUUGGUUGUGUUUCACGACCAGCUCAAAACUCUUCAGAUGAGCUUUAAAUCUGAAUUUAUUGCAUUGAAGAGGACUUUUUAAUUCUUAAUGAAGCAUAAACCCAGAAGUGUGCUCUUUAAUUUUUAUUUAUUUCUCACACUUUUGUGAUGAUUUUGUUUAAAUAUUUCACACUAUAAUCCAUUAUUGAAUAGAUUUCUCAUAUCAUGCAGGGCUAUUGUCAGCCCAUUAUUGUGUUUUCUAUAGUCUGCUCAUCUGAAUGUUCCACAGACAGAGCUGAGAGGAUUGUGAACAAUUGAACUAAACUGUCUCUGUAUGAUGCGAUUAUCACAGAUUUACCCCCGGUUCAGUUUCUGCAGUAUCUGCUCUGAAACAAAAACUCUAAUUCAGAUAUAUAUAUUUGUGAAAGCCCCAUGAUUGAUGUAUCGGCUCCUCUGAACCCUGACCUGCUCUGUUGACAGCUCCAGUCAGCCUCUGACCUCCUGGGCCCAGCGACAGAAACUCAGGCCCAAGAAGAGCAAAGCAGGACACGCUUCAUCUCAAAUCCUGGAGCACCAGGAGCAGCCUCAUGGCCUCAGAGAGCCGCCCAAACAGACCCCCACUGAGAGCUUAGACUGUCAGGACCAGGUAGGACUCAGAGAGCACGAACAGCUGCUCCUCUGGGACAAACACACUUUAACAGGGAUGGUCAAAUCUCUGCUCAGAGUCUGUUUUGUUCUCAAUGGGUUUGUAUGUUGUGCUUGUCCUUAUUAUGCCCCCUCUGCUGACUCUAAUCCACUCAUCUCUAUUGCAUUUCAGCAGAGAGCAGGCGGGCCGUCAUCCAGCUCUUUCCCCCUGAGGAGGAGUGACAGCCUGAUGUCUGAGGCAUCAGGUAACAAUUCACUGACUCAGACUAACACACAACAGCAGCAACGAGGCUCAGCCAGUGUAAAGAAAUCACCGACACUAUCGCUGUAAUUAAAUAAACAGAGCAAAACACCACAGCCUCCGGAAAAGAGGAAGCUCAGCUGUAGUUACCACCAGGGACAGUCAGGUGGUGCUGUUGGACCAGCAAGGGAUUUUGUAUAAAACCAAAGUCAAUGUGAAAGAUGAAUGAAAAAUAGAGUUUAAAGUUAUUGUGUUGAAACAUGAUCACAUCAGGCGUCAUUGUCUCCCUGUCGCAGGUCUGACGUAUUGGCGUCUGAAUGAGAGCGAGCUGUAUCACCCUCUGCCCGACAGUUUUGACAGCGGUGCCUACCUCCUACUGCAAGAGGCCUCCAUGAGUCUGGUGAGUACAAACCUCUGCUCUGAUUUCAGACCAGUCAUUAAAAGUUAAUGUCACAUAAGCUCAUGGUAUUAUUAUUAUUAUAAAUGUACUGUGUAAGUAUUAACUGUUCACUCUUAGUUUUACAGUCACACUCAGAGCUUUAGGGUGGAGGAAAACUGACAGACCUGUCCUCCUUUGGCGCUUAAUACAUUCCUGCUUUCUAUCAUUGAACUUCCUUUGCAGAGCUUUUGUCUCCCCCUACUGGCGGUGAGAAGAAUUGAGCAAACAUGGCUUUCUUUUCAGGUUUUCCUUUUCGUUUGGCACCUCCUAACAAGGAUCACUUACUCCUUCUGCCUCUUUUAUACAGACCCUGAUGCAUCUGUCUCUUUGAUUGGUCGCUCCUCCUUUUAGAUCCAGAAAAGUAAACACUGCUGUUGUGUGUUUGUGUUUUCUCUCCCUCUAAAUGUCUCAUUUCCAUCCCUUCAGACCCCAUCUCAGGAGCCCCGGCUGUCCCUCAAAGAGAUCUAUCAGAACAAGCAGAGGACAGACUGUAAACGCUCAGACUGGGAGGGCUCUGUCACCUCCAGUCCAACCUCACCUCAGGUACCUCACACGGCUCUGAAGAGUCUCUCUUCUCUCCGCUCUGGUGUCCUCUGUUAGAAAACUGAUCGCUCUGACUGGCCAUUCUCAGCUUGAUGAUUUUAACUGGACCAGAACCUUUCUACGGGACCAGAGGCUUUUAGAGAUUCUGUGAAAAUAAAGAAAGAGGUCAAAACCUUGUAGGAGGAUACGGAGGAUAAAUGGCUGAACAGAUGAGGCUGAGAUCAUUUUUUUUUUUAAUCUCUCAGAGUCUCAAACUGAAAAUUCGAUUCAUAGUUAGAUAAAGUUUGUCUCUGUUUGUGUGUUAAGUUUACCUGAACUGAGUCAAAAGUCAAAAGACUUAUUUCUCUUUUCUUUUUUAGUUAUUUUGUUCGUCUGUUUGUUUCUUUCUUCCUCUUCUUAUUCUCUUUCAUUCUUCAAUCUUUCUAAAAAUUAUUCUUUCCUUCUUUUUCUUUCUUACUUCAAUUUCUUUAAUUCUUCACUAAUCUUUGUUUUUCUUUUUUAUCAUCCAUUCUCUGUUCAUUCUUUCUUUCUCUCCUUUUCUUUUCCAUCAUUCCUGUCUUUGCAAAGCUUUAAACUUUUUGUAUUCCCCUUUUAUCUCUGUAUAUUUUCCCUCUUUUUAUUCUUUCUCUAGUUUUUUUUUUAUUUCAUUACUUCUUUUUCUGUUCUAUUAUUUUUCUGUCUGUAAACUUUUUUCCUUUUGCCUCAUUCUCCCAUUUGUCUUUUUCGUUUCUUUUCCCUUUCUUUCUUUCUUUCUUUCUUUCUUUCUUUCUUUCUUUCUUUCUUUCUUUCUUUCUAUCUUCUCUUAUGUUUUUUCACUCCUUUUGUCCUUCUCUCUGUUUUCAUGUCUCUCUUUCAUUCUUUUUUCUUUCUUUCUUUUCUCUCUUUCUAUUUUCUUUUUUCACUCCUUUUGUCCUUCUCUCUCUGUUUUCAUGUCUCUCUUUCAUUCUUUUUUCUUCUUUUUUCUCUCUUUUUAAUUCCUGCCAUUCUUGCUUUAUUCUUUCCUUGUUUUCUCAUUUUUCUGCCUUUCUUUCUUUUGUUUUGGCACUUUUUUACGUUCAUUUCUUUGUUUCUAUGUAUUAUUCUGAUUUAUUCUGAUAAUGUGUUUAGUUUUUAUCCCGGGUUUCUUCUGAAACAGGACAAAGUCUGAGUUUAUAAACACAAAAACACAGCUAAACUAAACUGUUUAGUUUUUUUCCUGUUUUAGGACUUAGACUUUCUUUAUUUGUCAUUGCACAGAAUAAAACACAGCAGUGAUUUCUCUCUGCAAUAAAAUGUCGUUGCUUGGCUUCCAUAUCACAGCAUGAUGGUGUUUAAUUUAAUAUACAGAAAACAAUAAAAACUAAGGGUAAAAAAGCAGCAUGGUGAGUAAUAUUGCACUCUCUGGAGGUAGAGUGGUAGUGGAAUAAAAACCAAAUAAAUAAAAGUAUAUAUAAAAAGAUUUCUGUUCUUAAGAUCAUCCUUUAAAACACUGAAAAAUCAAAAAUAAAAGAAUAAAGUCAAUGAUGACAGCUGUCACUCAGAGUUCUUCUUCUUCUUCUUCUCUGAUUCGUUGUUUGACCUCCAGGUGUUGACGUUGGACCCUGCAGCGAACCAGCGACACUCAGAUCGAACCUCUGGCUUCACCUCCCCCUCCCACUUCAGCAGCCCCUCAUUUGCCGCUCAUCCCCACCUCUACCCCCGAGUGGGGACCCCUGUGACCCCCGACAGUAUGGUGGAGGGCAGCCCAAAUCCAGGAGACACAGACUGCAUCUCUGACACCUCCAGUGUUUCGGCUAUGGGACCCUCCCCGCCCAAAGUUCAGACCAUGUGGGGGAAACCAGUCCAGUCUACCUCCCAGGACCAGACUCACACAUCCAGCCAGCAGCAGCGCAGAGCCAGUGCCCCCUUAGCCAGCGAGGAGGAGGGCAGCCACACCCACACCAGCACCCUGAAGCCGGGAUCAGCCUCUGGGUCAUCUCUGAGACCUGCAGUCAGUCCACACAUGGAGAGAGCUUCAUCACUAGAAGAUCCUGUCGUCCUCUCUCUGUGAGUUUAACACACACAGCUCACUGAUUGGUUCGUUUUAGAGGCUCAUACUUCCUGUUGGUGAUCCUCUUUUACACUAUGGUGGUAGAAGUCACCUCCCUCGACAUUUUACUGCACCAGUUUCAAACAUGUUAGCAUCUAUUUGUAGUUUAGACUCAUGAAUAUGAAGGAAUCAGAACCAGGUUCAGAACCAGAAUCCUCCAAACUGAGGCCCCAACUACACGAAUGCGGAUAUAUUUCAAACCACACAUAUUUAUGUCCGAUUAGGCCUUCCUACCACACCAAAGCGGGAGUUUGGAGCACUCAAACCAGAUAAAUCUGAAUCCGGAAAAACAAGUGGAGAAAUAAAAAAAUAUCCGUAUCCCGUAUCCAUAGUGGAUUCGUGUGGUUGGACUUUUAAGGGAUCGAUGACGUCAAACCGCAGCUCGCGCAUGCGAAUUAAAAAGAAAAACAACAACAACAACGAUGACGGACAUACAGGGUAUUCUUUACGUUUGUUUUGCCCUUUUGGGGCUAAUUUCAGCCUUGCAAGUGAACCUUAUUUUAUACAAUUAGAUCCACCAGUCAGCCAGCUCACAGACGCGUCUGCUGCGGCCAAUACUUUUAUUGGUCACAUGGUCCGUCACAUGGACCCGACGCACUAGUGUAGCUUCCGCAAACAAUGCAUGAUGCAUCACGCUGUUACGAUUCGUCGGCCAAUCAGUUAGCUUUGUUCCUGAAUUUUUUUUAAGCGGCACCAGAUAGGAUUGAGUUUGAAGGCUACGUGUGGACGCAGAUAUUUUUGAGAACGAACACGGGUGGACAGAUACAUUUAUUUAGAGCAGCUGCAGGACGUCAGUGAAUCAUCUUCUCAUCAGCAGAGAGAUCCUGCUGCUUGGAAGGUAAUCCACCUGACUCAUGAUGUGACUCACAAUGAUGCAGAUUUUACCAGAUUUUUAAAGGGUGUCAGUGAGCGUUUGUUUUCAAGAGACUGACUCAUGCUCUUUUUUUGACAGCUGUUUACACCUCGGUUAACAAACACUGAAAUUAAGAUGUCUAAUUUUAGACUCUGAAGGUUCUUUCUCUAAACUCUUUAAGUUACAGGAGUAUAUAAACAGUUGGAAAAAGAUGCAUGCGCCCCUCUUUAGAGUGUCUGCUGCAUCUCACACUGUUAGCAGGGGAAAACAUAAGAAGCAGAGAGAGAUUGUUGUCAGUUUAUUAGGAGAGAAAAACAUAUUUUUCCGAGCUCACUGACCAAACCUAAUGAAUGAAUCACCGGAAUGGCAAGGCAGGACGAGCCCCCAAUUUGUCACGACCCGGCUCAAAAGUCGGACAAAGAAAAGGGGGAGGACACGGUCAACUCAAAGUAUGAUGAUUUAUUUUACAGAAUUAAUGAUUUUACCAACAAAAACGGAUGAGGUGUGUGCGGCAGUUAGUCAGUAUGUCUGUUGUUAGAUGAGUGAAAGCUGUGUGUUUAUGUGUAGCAUGUUGUACGGUGCAGAACCAAAAUCCAAAGGGGGCCAAAGCCAACCAAACAAAAACCCUGCUGCAACGGAGCGAUCUGCUGUGAUCUGAAAUGAUCAGAAACAAUACUGUGAUGAUGAACCACGCGGCUGUCAUCCAGAGCAAGGGUCAGACAGAAACCUGUGUCUGUGUCCGAUUAAAAUGACGAAAUUUUUUCCUAGGGCUGGGCGAUAUGGCCUCAAAUCAAUAUCACGAUAUAUUGAUCAGUUCACCCCGAUAACGAUAAAUGGACGAUAACUACUCCACAAGCUGCUCACCCCCUCCCACAUUAACUUCGUCUUCUUCAGCCGCCGCUCCAGCCACUCCAACCUUUGAACUGUCCUCCAUCUCCUCACCUGUCUUUCCCUCUUUGUUACGGACUGGAUGGGGUGGAGUCACAUCUCUGACGUAGGAGAAGGGACACGAGACCAUUGCCUACCUACACACAUCCAAAACCAACUCUGGCACGGUGCCAGAAAUCCGGCUCGGGUUUCUUUUUUUUUUUUUCUAAAUCAUGUCAAACCCCCCCCCCCCCCCCGGUUAGUUAGAUCUGAAUAUGACCGGUAGAGGACAGCAUUACGCUGGAUAGCAUACAUCCUGCAGGAGAAGAAGAAGAAAAAGAAAAAGACACAUCAGCGAGCAGCGAACGGCAAAUUUCCACCGAUGGAUGCCAGGUCCAUCAAUCCAGGAGAAGAAACGGCGAUGUUAGAAGCUGGGCUAGGGCGGAAGAGGCUGGAAUAGAUGGAAAGCCUCACGGUAGCUGGUGCCGAAAACUAAAAGGGCCGGGUGCAUGUUUUUGUGUGUCAUGCACUGGAGAGCUUAUAAAUGGCAGCAGUGGCAAAAAGUUCGGUUAAGUUUGAAAGAUAUUCACAGAUACUGACUCUAGGGAUCAAUAACUCCGAGACGAAACAUUGUCUAAACUCAAAUGAUGCCUCUUUCAUGUCGUAAUAGCACAGACUACUGGCUACAAGAAUCAAAAAACGAUUUGUUUUACAAAAACAAGCUGUUCUUCAAGCUGGAUGAAUAAUACUAAUCUUGAUGCGCAGCUGGUAGCCUGACAAGUGCGCAGGGAUCGUCUGCAAAUUACGAUACAAGAGCAUGACGCUGCAAACGAAAAUCAAUAGCUCCACUGUUAUACAGUACAGAGACUCCAUAUCCAUACCAAUGACGUAGGUUAUUGACGUAAAUGUCUGUAUCGGUAAAUUUUUUUAGGUUUAUCGCCCAGUCCUACUUUUUCCUACCUGAAGAUGAAGAGAAGAAUUAUCAAAACGAAACUCAUAAACUCAUCUGCUGUGAGUCAUUAUUCUCCUGUCAUGUUUCCUCUCCUCUGUUCAGACUGAGGCAGAACCUGAGAGAAAAACACGCCCGACACGUGGCUGAUCUUAAAGCCUACUAUGAGUCUGAGAUCCAGAUCCUGAGAGACAAACUGAAGCUCACAGAUCUGCCCGAAGAUUUGGAGAAGAGCAACCAGGUCCUCAUGAAAAGGUGUGUUUGACCCUAACAAAAGUUUUCCAGUUUGUCCUUUAAAAAAAACUGAGGGAUAUUUAUCUUUCACAUGAUGGAUUAACCCUCAGUGACAAGAUUUGAUCAUUUAAGAGACUUUAAGACGAUAAGAUGAUUGUAAAUCUUGUUUUCAGAGUAAGAGAAAAAGGAUCAGGUGUUUGGAGUCUUCUUCGAGUGACUAGACUUUAAUUCAUUUUUUUAAUCCUGCAUGUUUUUGCUCUUGUGGAUCCUCAGGUGUAAGCAGCUGGAGAAAGCUCUGGCUGAGGCCACCGGUCGGAUUCAAGAACUAGAAUCAACAAACAGCUCUCUGGAGAAAAAACUGGUGAGAAAACAGAUACUUACUUUGAAUAAUUUGGGCUUAAUCUAGUUUGGAAAGUUGCGUCAAUCCCAAAUAAGUUAAAAGCUUUUUUUUUUUGUAUUUCUGUAAUUUUUGAGGUGUUUCCUAAAGUCCUAAGAUUUAAUUCAGUUCUUAACCCUUUCUUAACCUCCGUGUGACUCUGUUUUCAGGCAGAGUGGCCGGAGCGAUACGCCGUCGCAGGUGCCACCGUGAAAUCCCUGCAGCAGCGGUUGGAGGAGAGCAAACGCUCCGGCAAAGAGAAGGACGCUCAGACGGUUCGUCUGAAGAACCACGUACGGCAGCUGGAGGAGGUGGUGCAGAAAGCGGGCAGGGAGGCCGACGAGAAGGAGGCGAGGAGGGAGAGAGAGUACAAGAUGCUGCAGGAUGUAAGUCCGACCCUAAAUUCCUUUUUGAUAGUAAAUCCUUCAUUAAGUCAGUAUCAUCAAACUUAAUGGGUGCCUCGUUUACUUUGUGUCCUCAGCUGCUCGGAGAAUACGACUCUCUUAUGAAGGAGCAUGAAGGAGUCAAGGUGAGUGAUCCUGACUCUUUCAGAAAUGAUCCGAUUAUUCAGACAGGAGGUCAUCCUCACGAUUCCUCUUCUGCUGUUUUUGUUUCCUCAGAACAACCUGCUGUCAGCUGAGAACAAACUCGUCGACGCAAACGAUCAGAUCUCCGACCUGAGGAGGUGAGCGUAUGGGAUGUGGAGUUUGACACAGAGUUUUCCAACACUUUUUUGGACUUUUAUUUAGAGAGGACAGGAAACAGAGCUGUAAACAGGAAGUCAGAAGGAGAAGAGUCGAACCAUAGACUACAUAGAGUCUCUCUGCCUCCCUUCAGAUUAAAGAGUUUAUCUGGAGGUAACGUUCUUAAAUGAUGUAAAGACAGUCAUAAAUUUAAACAUAUUUGCAGAGAAAGUUAAUACAGCUUUACAGCAGCCUGGUCAUCACUGUCAAACAGAGUAACAUCCUCAUCAGCCGGCUCCUGCAGUUUGUGAAAGAGUGACAGAGCAGAUGGAGUUGUGAGAAUGAAUCGAUGAAGCCUAAAGACGGUGUCAGGGCUGCAGGAGAGACAGCGCUGCAGCUUUCCUUUGCAGAUUCAGCUCAAGAGGAGCAGUGUUCGGGAUCUGUCAGGUCGAUACAGCGAAUUCACAGACAGAUUGAAAAGCUCAGCUCACAGAUCGUCAAUAUGGGUGUCAUAGGAUUGGAGCUGAAACAGAUGGUCUUUAGAGGAGGAGGUAAGAGAACGAGAUUAGGGAUCGAGGAGAAAGAAGUGAGAGAAUCCCUCAAAUAUCAGCCGGAAGAUCUCAAUAAAGACAAAUAAAUGAAAAUAAUUUACUGUAAAAGGAUCCAUCGAACAUUUAUAAAACCAGAGCACUGAGUUGGUGAAGGAUAUGGAAGUAGAAAAGGGUGUAAAAGGCUGUUAUAUCUGCACAAAAACCUCCAACUUCACGGUCUAUCGGAUUCAUUAAACCAGGAGAUGUCAGAGGAUCGUUAUUAAAGCCGAUCAAAGUCAAACAGGAGAGGUAAAUUAAAGCCGGACCAUGACAGAAGAGACGACCUUUUAUCCAUAUGUGACCGAGCGUUCAGAGAGAGGUCAGCUGAAGGUCGUGUUUCUUCUCUGGAACGGGGAGAAGUUUUCACUGAAGUUAUAACAACUUUUGGACCACUGGUGCUUUUCCACGUCCAAAAAGUUCAUUUUUAGGAUCAGAGGAGGGGCUCAAAGAAGCAAGUAACCACCUCAGAAAUAUUAAAAUGACUUUUAACACAUUUGAAAAUUUUUUCCACAUGAGGUCCUAAUCAUGCAUUUAAAAAACAGUGUUUUCUUGGGGAAUUAUUUGGUCUGUCUGUGUCUCUCAGUGCUGUUGUAGGCUGAGCUAAACUUCUGUACAGAAAGUUAGCAGAGUGUGGAUAACAUAUGUGGGAGAAAACACUGACGGCAAACCCUUCUGCGGUGGGGUGAAAAUAUACUGAUAUCAGCACAGGAAAAAAAUUAAACACAAAAGCCCAACAUAUAAAUAUUCAGCAAACCAUCGGACGUUGAUUUACUUGGACGCUCUUCAAUCUUCCUGUUUCCUGCUGGUCUCCAGUGGGUUGGGCGAAUCCAAAAUGGUGAAAACAAAGGGGGUGUUCUUGGACAGGCUGAUACCUGUGAAAGGGGGGUGCUCCAAAAACACCCCCAUUAGCACUUGGUAUGUUCCCCCUGAUGGAAUUAACCAUAGACUGUAAAUUGACGUGGAAAAAAUCGAAUUUUGGUCGACUCGGCACGAAUCGACCGAUAAUUCGACCAGGAUUUUUCAGCCCUAAAGCAGACUGUGUUGUUUAUUUCGGUCCUUCUCUCAGACUUAAUGUUGUUAAAUAGUCUUUUUUUGUUUUGUUUAAAUUGUUCCGAGGAGGUUUCGUUUUUAUAAUUAGAGUUUCUUUAUUGAGAUAAUUCGACAGAAACUGAUCACUUUGAAAGGAUGGUGUCACCUCUCUGUGUCUGAAAACCUCACAAUCGCCCGUGUCUUUGUAUCCCUUAGAGUGAUCUCCAAACUGGAGACUCAGGUGAAGCAGCUGGAGCACGAGAACCAGGCCAGGGCCCGGUACACUCCUCACAGUAACACACAACCAUCUGGAGCUGGGUAAGGACUUCAUGAUCUGAUAAACUCUCCUUCAUAUAAUCAGGUUCUGUUUCCCUCAUCACGCUGAACUUAUCAAACACGAGUCUCUCUGUUCUGGUUCUCAGUCUUUUCCACCACCCGGACCUGCUGCUGUCCCCCAGUAAAGGCAGGAUAGAGCCCGACAUCACCCGCAGAAAGUCCCCCUGCCCUCCAUCCCUGUUCCCCCAAACUAACCAAUCAAGUGUCCACAAGAAGUCUCAGCAUCCAAUCAGUGAUCAGUCAGGAAGUGGGAGCUCUGUGGAUGCUCCUGAGGGUGUUGGCGUAUGGAGGUGUGUGUUCAGAUCGGUGUUUCUGUAGUUGGUGAAGUUUUCAGGUGACUCACUGAGACCCUCCUUACAGGUGUGCGUCUCCUCCUGAGUGUGAACAGUCUCUGCCUCAGCACAGACUCCAGGAGCAGAGCGGCGCUCAGAGAGAGGCGGGGCGGAGGGAGACAUCCUGCGCCAUGACGCCCAUGAUGAAGGCGCUGAUCGAGCUGGAGGAGACCAGAGCCACGGAGAGCCGGGCCCCCUGUAAGAGCAACUCCACGAGCACCCACAGAGUGACUCACAGGCUCUCAUUAGAUUAAACCAAACUGUCAUUUUCUCUGAGCUAAAGGUAACAAUACGAUAGUUAUCCUGUCACAAACCCACACUUCACCAGAUUUAGACCCCUGCGCUCUCUGACUCACAAACUGAUCCGGAAAAGGUCAUAAAAAUAUUCACAGGAGUAACUCGAGGAAACUGACAGCAAAUAACGAGUCCGUUUCCCCCUAAAAGUCCAGUUCCUUUGUCCAGGGUGAGCGCUCUGUACUGCGCCCAGGCAUGGCACACUUCCUCCAUCCUGGCACGGUUAAAAGAAGCGGGCUUUGGCGUGGGCCUUGUUGCCGAAGCACCUGUUUUUUUGUUUACACCCAAACGCCACAUGUCACAUCGACACAGUUGGACGGAGAAAACCUGAACGCUGUCAGGAAGUCAAUGAAAACACACUUUGUGAAAUCGUCUGUCACUCUCUCAGGAUAUUUUACAUCAUGACGGGUUUUUUGUGUUAAACACAUCUCUAUGGUUUCUCCUCAGGGAUCAACAAUCAGAAGACCACGGUCGGGUUCGUGGAGCGCAGACACAAAGAGGUGAUUCAGGAUCAAGUCAGGCUGCAGAGCGACAGAGAGGUGGUCAAACCUGGAGGAGCCAAAAAAAUCAACGGAGCUGCAGCUUUACUGAGAGCCCAGAGGAUACUGUCUCCAGAGGGCCACAGAUCCUCCUCUCUGCCUCCUCCUGGACAGAGGAGCAUCCCUCCAACUACACCCAGUGAGUCCAGCUCUGUAGAGGCUCUGUUCCCUUACUCAGCUCUCAAAAACAAACUCUUCUGGAUUUCAGUUGGAUGAAACAAAGAAAUCCAUAAGAUCUAACUGAGGUUAAAGGCUGUCGAGGAUCAGGACAGGUGCUCAAUUUUCUUUUCUCUUCCUCCCAGCGAAGAGAGAAACUCUCCUGAUGCCUCUGUCUGCAAAGUCCAGCCCUAAACGCUGCCCCACAGAGAACUACUCCACCGCUUUUGGUCGUCUGAUGCCCAGAGAGGAACAUCUGAUAAAAAGGUAAGACACACAUUAACAGGAAACAGUCGACAUCAAAUUAAAUGAACCCUUAAAUGUAAGAAAUCAGCUCUGGUAAGAUCCUGAGUGGGUUAGAAAUUCUUCAAGUCACUACAAAAUAUCAAAAAAGUCUCAGGAUUUUGUAGAAAGUUGGCAACAGUUUCUUAGAAUCCCUCAAAAGUUACUCAAGAUCGAGAAAGAGUCCGAAUCUGUGUCCUUGUGUUUAAACCACCAGGUGUCAUCCUCCACACAUCAGAGCUUCAGUCUCAAUAUGACCUGAACUAUAAAAAGCUCAGUCAGACUCAGCCAAGGCUGAUCAAGUAAGAAUUUCAGCUCGAGUCCCCGAACAAGGAGGUUUAAGGUCUGAUUUAGAGCUGGACGGACAGCAGAGGAAGUAUGGCAGUCUAAAUGAAGAUGAUCAAACCGUUCUGUUUGUGCGCUCUGCUGUCUGCAGGUUUGAUGGACAUGUCGAUCAGAGGCGUCACUCCUUCCACAGCAGCAGCCCCAGAAAAAGACUCCAGUUCAUGUCAGCAGAGAGAGAGGAUGGUAAAAUAUUCAGUCUUUAUACAUAUUUAAAAAUAUCUGGUAAAAAAAAAAAAAAGACUGGUGCAAUCAUGUCUGAAUGAGGUGCAUUUAAGGUCUGAUGUUCUCAGUUUUGUAUCUCUGCAGAAGAUUCUGAGUAAACCUGUAAUUUUAUGUAUUUUUUUUAUCAAAGAUUUAUGUUUAAUAUUUUAAUAUGCAUGUGAAAGACAAAUUCAGCAAAUUAUGAACGUUUUAACAACUUUUAAAAUAGAACAGUUCUCCAAAUGUGGAUGUUUGAUUUAGACCGCUCUAAUUUUUCAGAUACUUCUGUACUGUAAACAUCACUGUCUGACACUCAGCUGUACCUCCAGAUAACGCUGUCCUUCAUUUCCCUCUCAGAGUCCCAUCAGUCUCCAGAGUCCUCAGGCGGCACGAAUCCCUCAGAGGGAAACUCCCAGCUGGGCUGGGAGGAGCAAGCAGCCUGUGGAGGAUCUGACCUGCUGGACCCCUGUGAGGACUCAGCUCCUCUGCUUCUGGACAGACUCCACUCGCUGGCUGAGGCAGAGAAACUGUUUGACGAGCUGACGCAGGAGAAGCUGCAGGUAAUAGGUUUUUUUUUUUUUUCUGCGAUCAUUAGCAGGCCCAAUCUCAAUCUGACCCCUACACAACCUAGAAACCCUCGUCUGCUCCACCGUUGGUCUGGUUUUCUUUUGCAGGUCUUCAGUGUUAAAUUCAGCCUGUUUCUCAACCGGCUAAAAACUCCUCACUGUAGCUUCAAUGAGUCACUGCAGGAAUAAGAUAGGAUUUGAGAAAGCAGUGAUACGUUCCUCUUGUACAACCAAUAAGUUCAAACACAGUGAACCUAUCGUGUAAAUAUUUACCCUUUAAAGACGUGUUACAAACAGGCUCCUCCUCCUCAAACAGCCUUUACUGUCACCUCGGUUUUUAACAUUACUGCAUGAGAAAUUAUUGUAAAGUGAUGAACCAAUAACAGUCAGAGGUGAAGUUUGCCAACUUUAAUAAUAUUGCUGACAGUUUUCUGAUUAAAUUCACUCACAGUGUUUUAAAGUGUUGUUUUUAUUGACCCUUUGUGUACUUUCAUAUAGAAUUAACUGUCAUCUCAGAUAUUCAGCUCUGAUCUGUAACAUGAACUUUAUUGUUUUUCUAUCACCAUUAAAUGACUUCUAUUUUAGGAUGUUUAUAUCCACACACACACACACACACAUACACACACACACACACACACACACCUCCCUCUCUCUCCUGGUCACACAGGGACACCAGCCUCCUCAUUCACAGAGCACACGCUCAUCUUUUCCCAGCACGCUAAUCUAAUGAGUGCGAGUGUUUCGCUCCAUCAUGUGCAGGUGGUUUCAUCGAUACAUUUAUUAAUGUUAAUGGAUGAUUAACUUUUAUUGUGUGUGUGUGUGUGUGUGUGUGUGUGUGUGUGUGUGUGUGUGUGUGUGUGUGUGUGUGUGUGUGUGUGUGUGUGCGCGUGUAUGUGUGCAGAUUGAAGCAGCUCUGAGCCGUAUGCCCGGAGCAGGAGGCAGAGUGAGUCUACAGACCAGGUUAGAUGAGGUAAGACACGCUCAUAUUGAUUCUCUCAUCCAUGUUCGUAUCGUUUAACCGUGUUGGUGUUUUAAAGUAAAGUAGUUUGUCAGGAGAUGAUGUUUUAUUAUUCCAGCUUCUAAAACAUGAGGAUCGACAUACUUAACUUUAAAUCUGACAUAUCUCUGGACUCAUUUAUAAGCUGCUUCGUAUUGACGGCUAAUGGAGCGAUGAGGUGAGUAGAGGCCUGUAUACGAGGAUGAACCACAGGUGCAGAUUUCUGGGUGGAUCAGGUUUAUAAAGGGAACAGUCUCACUCUUAGUUUGGACCCUAUGUGCUUUCUUACUCUCUGUCUUGACACCGCCUGCACAGCUAAAGAAAUCAGUGAAUCCUUAUCUUUGAGAAGCUGGAAGCAGAUGAUGUUACCUCCAUGAGUUAAUUGACCCAUAAAUCUUUGAUAAAGUCGUUCCACUCUCACUCCCUCCCUCUCUCCUCCUCGUCUCCUCCUCUCUCCACCUCUCUCCUCCUCGUCUCCUCUCGCCUCAGGUGGCCUUAGAGAACCGUCUGGAGAGAGUGAAUCGUGAGCUGGGAUCCAUCCGCAUGACCCUGAAGAGGUUCCACGUCCUCCGCUCCUCUGCCAACAUAUAGCAAUGUCUGUCUUUUUACAGUGUAGAUGCUAAAACUUAGUGUCUUGAUUUUUUACAGUGCACUGAUUGUCUUUAAGUCUCUUUUUGUGCCAUAAACUCACCUGUACAGCAGCACCUUUUAUACCUGUUACUUAUUACUCGGGGAUAUUUUUUAUAUGUCUGACAGAUAUGACGAUUUUUGGAGUAUAUUUUUAGUAAAGCACAGAUUUGUAAAGUCCUUUACUUUUUUAGUCACAGAAAUAUUAAUAAGACAUGUUUUAAUCGCCAUAUUCAGGUGUGGAUUUUUAAAAGCUUUCGGUGUAAAUUUGACUUUCCAGCAGACACGUUUAUCCACUUUGGAAAUUUACGUCACUGCCAUUAUAACUCACAUUUAUGGACCUUUUGUUAUUGUUUUAUUCCAUCUGAGACCACUCAAAUAUUAUUUAUGAAUAUUUUUGUACAUCAGAUUUUAAUUUUAAGUGUUUGUAUGUUUUUUUACGUUUGUAUUUGAUUUCUUUCUGGGCCAAAUGUAUUUAACAUGAAGAAAAACAUUACUUGAAUCAAAUUGCCUUUUUUUGCUUCUUUAUUUUCAUGUUUGCUCAUCACUUUGUUUGCUUUAUAUUUGAAAUUCUGCUGUUUCUUGGUGAGAGCCACUUGUAAAAUCAAAACCAGCACACUUUCUGAGGAUCAAACACACACACACACACACACACACACACACACACACACACACACACACACACACACACACACACACACACACACACACACACACACACACACACACAACAUUUCCACACAAACCUUCAAUCGAUCAUUUGAUGCCUGUGCAUGGAGUUUCUUGCACUGCUUCCUUUGCCAUGCAGAUUUUCCUACCUGACAGGAACUUCACUGGAACUAUAAUAUUGUUGUUGCACAAUAAAUGAAGCUUUUUUGAUAACCUGA